AUGAGAUCUAAUUUUAUUUUUCUUGGAUUAAUACAUGUGAAAAUUUUACAAGAUUAAAGAAAACUGGAAUAGUUGAAUAUUGUAAAAAUAUAAGAAUAUUCCGAUGAAGCAAUUAAUACUUUUUUAUAGUCAAAAGAUAGAUAUUAUGAAUAAAGACAAUAAUAAUAGAAUUUCAAUUGGCCAUUUAUUACUUCACUUUAAAAGAAGCCUGAAUAUUUGAUUGUUUUAAGGAGAGAGGCUAAUUAAAGUUUCCUGAAUUAAAUUAAAUUAGAAGAAUAUAUUAUAUAAAAUUUGCCUAACGACUGUUCGGAAUAAGAAUGGAGAAAUUAAGCAAUAUAAAUUCUAUUGACUUGGAAUUUAGCUGAAAGAAAUUUUAAAGUUUCUAAUUUCUCUGAUGAAUAAGAAGAUCAAGCUAGCAAAAGUUAUGCAAAAUAUUCCUUGAUUUAUUUGGCUUUGGCAAUCUUAUCAUUCAUUGUUAUCAACAUACUUAAAAAUUUUAUAUGA